CUGAUGUAUAGACAGCAUGAGUGUAUUAAAAGGUGGGAAUUAUUUCAGGAUGGAGUUACAUCACCGUGGUUAAAUGUCCUAAAAGGAAAUUUACAAGUAAUUCAUUUAAUUUCUAUUGUAUGCAUGUUUAUGUUACAACAAAUAACCUGCUGCUAACCAAGGCUAUGAUUAAUAAUUUACUUUAGUUUUAGUGCACUUUUAAUGCUGUGGUUGUUAGAUAAUCCCACACAUGUGGCCUCAUACAAUUUACCUUUUUUUGGGGGGUGACCAAAUUAAUAGGAAGUAGUUUUAUUGCCAGAGGUCUAUCAGGACCUAACCUCAUCCUGAUGUUUCUGCCCAAGUGCUGAAGUAACAUUUCACAAGUUCAUUUAAUGGCACUACAAAAACAAAAGUAAUUGAAGCACUUCACUAAUGAUAUAUAGGCCUAUAUAUAAUAUAUGACCAUUUCAAGGAGGUAAAAACAAACCAAGCUGUAUAAACCUGAUUAGGAGGUUAUUAUGAGCUCAGUGUCUGUGAAUAAACUCAUUCCUGCUGCCAUAUAAACCAUCACACAGGGAACUGUUAGACCCACUGACUUCAUACAAACCCAAAUCCUUGUUUACAUCUGGUUUGACACACGUGAUUAAUUGCAAAUGUUCCUACAUUUUAAUAUGCCGUGCUCAAAGGUCAACAAACAGACAGGGACAUAAAAGCACUAAAGACGAUAUUUAAUGUAUAAACUGUUCAGAUAUAACUUCACAAACGUAUGAACAAUAUUUUACAUUAACUGCCGUUGGAUCUCACGACAACCGUCAACCGUUCGCGGCUGCGCAGUACGACCCCCUGCUUCAGAUAGAUUACCAUGUAAACACACACUUGUCGGUGAUUGGUGGAGAGGUUUUAGCGCGGCGCUCCGUCAGCCAAUCAGAGGAUUGUUUUUCUGUCACGUCGGUGCGAGGAUAGUAAGCUAACGGAUAAAGCAAACAUAAACUAAUACAAAUAACGCGGAUUGACGAUAAAGGCGAUACAGCACGGGCAGGUUUGAUUAUUUGGACCCAGUCCUGCUUGUUGGACUUUUAUUCGUACAACAAUGUGGUGCAGCCAUCAACGUAACGCAACGUGAGCUAACCAACGUUAGCAGUAGCCCGCUAUUUUUUUUUUUUUUUAGCGGAACGCAAAGGCCGCGGAGAAACACGGAGAAGAGCUGCUUCCUCUUCCAGCCCCGCUGACAAUGUAGGUUACGUUACGGGUUACAGAAUCACAGCGGUCGUAUAAGUAGUUCGGUGGCGCAGUCCGGCUCGUUUAAGUUUGUUUUCGUGUCGCUUUGCGGGCUACCUGGCUCGUUAGCUGUCUGGCUAUCCAGCUAGCAUGAGUGAAGUGACGGACUGCCAGCGGUCCGCUGACUCUGCAUCCAGGAAACGGUGUCCAUCCCCGGACCACGACGAGGCCAGCACGAUCCCCAGCAAGUCCACGAGAGUGAGCGACGCGUCAGACGAGGCGGGGGUUACUCCCUGCAAACACAGCGAGGCUGAGAGUAAAGAAGUCGUGGGCCAGUCGACGGAUGCGGGGAGAGACCCAGCUGCAGUGCAGACGGAUCCGGGUUCAGACACCUGCACACUACCUGUCAACAACUCCAGUGCUCACGGUGCCGGCAACACGGAGAAAGCACAGUCCUCAGAUGCAUCGGGAGCUGCUGACACAAAGGGAGGCGCGGAGAAGACAGCGGGGGCAAAGCUGCCUCCCUCAACUCCUCUGGACCAGUCCGACUCAGCAGCCAUAGCAGCUGCUGAAGCACUCGCCAGUCUCACAGGAGGAGACGGGGAAGACAGCCAAGAGACUCCUUGCUCUUCUGAAAAGGUUAAACAGGUGAAACCGGGGAGCAAAUUCAAACAACGCGGGGGCCACCAGUCUUCCAGAGCCGGCUCUAAAACACAGGCAGCCGCUGCGGACAGCUCCACAUCUGUGCACAGCACUGACAAAGAAGAUGCAGAUGACAUGCCAGAAGCGGACGAGGGCGAUGAAUCCAUGUCUGGAUCAUCCUCCACUCCGAGCUCCUCUUUCCCAUCAGACAAUGAGGACAAUGACGAUGGGGAGUGUGCCAUCGUGUCAGUUAAGAUGGCCCCGGAGAUGAGGCAGUCGGUGGCUCUCCUGGCGCAGGUGCAGAUGAGACUGGAAGCUCUGGAGAAGAAGAGCGCCCGGCUCCACCAACGGCUGGACCUGAAGAUUGGUCGUCAGCGGCGCCCACAUCUGGAUCAGCGCAGCUCCAUCGCCAAAACUAUCCCUGGCUUCUGGGUGACAGCUCUGUUGAACCACCCUCAUCUCUCAGCUCACAUCGACGAGACCGAUGAAGAUGCUCUUAGUUACAUGACAGAUCUGGAGAUCGAGUCCUUCAAGAAUAAUAAACUAGGCUACAGGAUCCGUUUCCACUUCAGACGGAACCCGUACUUCCAGAACAACAUCAUCAUGAAAGAGCUGCACCUCGGGUUGAGAGGGUCUCCCAUGUCUUUCUCCAACCCCAUCCUGUGGCACCGCGGACAGAACCUGACGGCCCACAGCGAACCCAGGAAGUCGUCGCGUGGGGUCUACCAGACCUUUUUCAGCUGGUUCAGUGACCAUAGCAACCCAGGGCAAGAUGAUGUAGCACAGAUACUGAAGGACGAUCUGUACAGAGACCCUCUGAGAUACUACCUCACUCCACUCUGGGAACCGAGGGAGAACGGCAGGUAAAAACACAUGUGUAUUCAAUCCACAGAUGCAUACA